CCAACUCUUAUAAUGUUACUUGUUACAUACUCUGUGUUUGUCAUUUAAAUAUUUCUUUCUUUUUAUGAUUUCUUUUUAUUUUUGUUCCUUCUGAUUUAUUCAAUUUUUUAAUUAAUUUGUAUUUAAAAUGAAUAGUCAGAUAAAGAGACACUACACUAUUUAGUUUAGUAACGUUAAUAUAAUCGUUGAGAUCGAAAAAUUCAAGAAAAUCCUAAUCGUACAAGACACAAGCAUAAUAUAUACUCAAUAUGGAUGGGCAAGACCAGAUGGAGAUGAAGUUCAGUGGUGGCGGAGAAGUUGGUGGAUUGGAAUUGUGUAUUGUCUGUGGUGACCGUGCUUCCGGGAGGCACUAUGGUGCUAUCAGUUGUGAAGGCUGCAAAGGCUUCUUCAAACGUUCAAUCCGCAAGAAACUAGGCUACCAGUGUCGGGGCAGCAUGAACUGUGAGGUGACGAAGCACCACCGCAAUCGAUGCCAGUACUGCCGCCUUCAGAAGUGCUUAGCGUGCGGCAUGCGGAGCGACUAUAUGUCGCACAACCGCGAACAUCCGAUGAGCAGUAAUUCUUGCACUCUGCCGCCAGCGGUCCAGCACGAGCGGAAGCCCAUAGUGGACAAGGUGAAGGGCGAACAGCGGGAGGGGCAGCUGCACGACCGCCAGACCGCCUACUCCAAACUCCUCGGGCUCGGACAGUCGCAAACUACACAGAUCAAUCCGAGUAUGUAUGUAUCUCGAAAGCAGCAGCGCGUUGUGGCUUUCAACAAGGGGAAUCCAGUGCCGCCGUAUUUAAACCCUGGCAACGCUAACGACAUAGAGGGCGCCCGUCGGCAACACCUCAUGCUUCAGACGCAGCUCGCGAAGAACCUCUUCAAAAUGGGACAGUUUGGUGCUAUAAACGACUACAUACAGGCGUACACGGGCGCCACACCGCCCGACGUACAGAUGUCAGCGCUGCACAGCGCCGCCGCCGAGACACAGCAGAAUGAGCCGGCGGCGACGCUGGAGUGCCCGCUGCUGAGCACGGCGGCGUCGCAGCGGCUGGCGCUGCAGCUGCCGGCGGCGGCGCCGGCGCACCUGCGGCUGCACGCGGCGUGCGAGGCGGCCGCGCGCCUGCUGGCCGCCUGCGUGCGCUGGCUGCUGGCCGUGCCCGCCGCGCACCACCUGCCCGCGGAGGUGCAGGCGGCGCUGCUGCGCAAGUGCUGGCCGGAGCUGCUGGUGCUGGCGCUGGCGCGGCACGGCGCCGCGCUGUCGCUGGGCGCGCUGCUGCCGCGCAUGCACGCGCUGCUGCUGGCCGAGCUGCGCCGCCGCGCGCAGCUCGGCCGGCGGCAGCCCGAGCCGCGCGCGGACCACGACGCCGCCGAGAUCACGAUAGCGGACUACUCGGACGAGCGGCUGGGCGAGAUCAGCGGGUCGCUGGCGCGGCUGCAGCAGUUCCUCGCCACCAUGGAGCAGCUGCGCGUGUCCGAGCGCGAGCACGCCUACCUGCGAGCGCUCUGCCUGUUCUCACCAGAUGGCGCACCAGACUUCCUCACCAGGAAACUGCAAGACUACCAAGUGAAAGCACUACGCUCCCUAAAAUUGAUCUGCCAGCCGGACGACGAGAGGCUGGCCACGCUGCUCCUCCAGCUGCCAGUGCUGAGGACCUUCACGGGCGCCUUCCUCGAGGACGUGUUCUUCGUGGGCUUCCUGGGUGACGUGUGCAUUGACGACGCUAUACCCCACAUGUUAAUGGCUGAGCGUUAACGUAUCAGGAACUGAUAGUUCGUAAAUAAUUUUAGAUUUAUUUUUAUAUUGUACCUUUAAGUGCCUUUUAAUUAAAAGAUGGACUUCCAAUUUUAUUAUUUUAAUAUAUAUAGUAAUAAUUUUUUUAAUGUUAUAUAUAUAUAUAUAUAUAUAUAUAUAUAUAUA